AUGGCGGGUGUUUCAACCCCGGAGAUGGCAGCUGCAGUGAGUAAAGGAGGUGGGUUAGGAGCUCUUCCACUUGCACCAUUGGACUUCACUAGUGAUGAUACUACUUCGUUUGAUAAAUUGAAUAAUCUUAUUCAAGCCGCAGGUACCAAUGUUGUCAAUUUGAACUUCUUCUGUCAUGAAAUUGAACAGACACCAACUCGUAUUCAAUCGGAUAAUUGGAGAAAGCUUUACAACGAUGUGACCGAAGCAAGAUUCAAGCCACUUGUUGAGUCAAUGGAAUUUACCAAUGGCAAUGUCUCCUUCAAGGAGGUUGAAAAUGACAAAGAGAAGUUAAAGACAUUGAUUGAGAAAUUGAGGUCCAUCAAUCCGGUAAUUAUCAGCUUCCACUUCGGUAUCCCCUCCAACUCCACCAUUGAUGAAUUGAAAAAGUUUUCAUUGGUGUUUGGAACGGCAACUUCAUUGCAAGAAGCGCGCCAUUUGGCCAAUAAUGGACUAGAUGGCGUGAUUCUUCAAGGGAUUGAAGCUGGUGGGCACAGGGGGCAAUUCAUCGACAAGUAUCAGCCUCAUUCUGAUGAAGACUUGUCAACACAAGCACUUUUCCAUAAAGUCAAACAAGGUUUGGGUGGUAGCCAUGUGUACUUGGUACCUGCAGGUGGCAUAACAAGUGCUAGCUUAGUCAAGCAUUACAUUGAUGAGGGAGCUGACGCAGUUCAAGUUGGCACUGCAUUCUUGGCAACUCCUGAAUCAGCAACAUCAAAGUUUUUCAACAAAACACUGGGAGAUGAAACGACUGUCAUGACUGCGUUGAUUUCGGGCAAACCGGCACGAGCUGUGAGGACACCAUUCAUAGAUAGUAUUGUUGAGAAGAAUCAAUUUGCAUUGCUGGAUUUACCCCCCUAUGGGUAUGCGUAUGAUGGAUAUAAGAAGUUGAAAGGAGAGCUUAGUGCUGAGGGCCAUGAUAUCGGAUUCUAUCUAGCGGGGCAAAAUCAUUAUCAAAUAAGAAAGAACAAGCUGACGCUCGAGAUUAUGCAGGAGCUCACAAGUGGAUUAGAGUGA